GCUAGGUCGGUUGCUUUUUUGGUUUCUUCUUUCUGCAGGUAGACCCUUUCUGACUUGGUGUUGCGUUGGUUGCGCCUACCAUGGCUACUGAUCCUUCUGCUUCUAGCUUUUUGUUGAUUUUGGCUUUUGUUGAUGGCGUGGGUACUCCACUUUCUUCUUCUUUGUCUGAGUUUUUUGAUGUUUUCUACCUUCCCUAUAAUGUAGAUGGGAAGUUUGUUGUGAAAAAGGGUGGAAAGGUUGUCUUCCCUUUAGGCUCAGCAAAGGUGUUUUGUGAUCUUGACAAGGUGUCUUGGGUCACCAGUAGUUUUGAUGUGAAUGAGAUUUAUAAAGAGAAUCUUGAUGGAUUCAUAGGUGGCAUAAAUACCUUAGCUAUUUUGAGUUGUUCUACCAAGAUUGAAAAGCUCAAGAAGGUUGAUAGAGCUGUGAAGACCGAGAAAAUAUUGGCUGAGAAAGUUGAAAAGGCUGCUAGUAAGUCUAAGGGGGUUGUUCCUCAAGGGGCGCCUCCUGUUGUGAGGAGGUCUAAGAGAUUGAAAAGUGCUUCUUUUAAAGUAGCUUCCGCGAGUGGUUCUGAUAAGGAGGGGAGACUCUUGAUUUCUUCUUUUAUAGACUUUAUUGUUGGGAAAAGCUUUUCUAAACCUUUGACGAGGUCGCCUUUGAAAGAUGCCGUCCGCCCUAGUUAUGAUAUCGGUAUUGAGGGUCCUUCCAUCAUUGGGCAUAGUUCCAUUGCCUGUGAAUCUUCGAAAUCCAUGCUGUUGGCUGAUGCGGGAGAGGAGCAAGGAUUACUAAACUUGUGUCGCCAGCUCCACUUUGAGAAAACAGCAUUGGGAGCUAAUUCUAGCGAAGUUGAGAGGUUGAAGAAAGAGCUAAUUAUGCUCCAAGAAUGUUAUGAUUUGUUGAAGAAAGAGAAAGAACUUUUCUCUUCUUCUGUUGCUGCUAAAAAAGUGUCUUUGGAGUCCUUUAUUUUGGCUCUACAACGACGGUUGGGUGAUCUCUCUUCUGCGAAUUUUGCUUUGGAGAGGUCCGUCUUGGAUCUAAGGGUGCAGGUUUCCUCUCUACAAGCUUCGUCUUCCUCCAUUGUUCAGUCUUUUAAGGAGUCUCUUGAGGGUAGAGCCUUUGCUCUUUCUGGUAGCUUGGGUUACUUUAAUCUUGCUGUCAAGCUCAUCAAGAUGUUGCUCUCUCGCCAUGGGCUGAAUGUGUUUGACUGUCUUGCCGAGUUUGAGGAUAUGGAUGUUGUUGCACUGAUUCAUGUUGAUCCAGAAUUAAAGAAAACUUAUGAUCGAGGUACUAGCGUUGUUUUUUUGGAUGAUUCUCCUAGGGAGGCAUCUGAAGGUAUUGGUAGCUCCUGGGUCGUGGGAGAUUCUACCAUAGCUGUCUGUAGCAGGGAUAGCUUUGUUGAUGCAAAGGUUUCGCAGGGUGCCUCCUCUUCUCCACCUGCGUAGCAAGCCUGUUUUUUAUCCUUGAGAACUGAAGAUAUUAUAUUUUCCUAUUUGCUGUGGACUUGUUGUUUUCGUUUGUCUCGGGUUUUCGUCAUGCCUUGCAUUAUGUCUUUUCAUCGAGAUUAUAUAUGGACAAUAUGUUUUCUUAUAUUCUGAAAUUUGCAUUAACCUCUGUAGCACAUCUUGCAUAGCUUUUUUCAGGGUAUUUAUGUACACCCAAAACUUGCUCGCCGCCUUUUGCUUGCGUAACUUUUGCUUGGGUGUUUAUGUACACCCAAACUUGCUCACAGCUUUUGCUUGUCUAACUUUUGCUUGGGUAUUUUAUGUACACCCAAACUUGUUCAUAGCUUUCGUUUGCCUGUGUAACUUUGGCUUGGGUAUUUUAUGUACACCCAAACUUGUUCAUAGCUUUCGUUUGCCUGUGUAACUUUGGCUUGGGUAUUUUAUGUACACCCAAACUUGCUCACAGGUUUUUGCUUAUGUAACUUUUGCUUGGGUAUUUUAUAUACACCCAAAUUUGCUCACAGCUUCUGCUUGCUUGUGUAACUUUUGCAUGGGUAUUUUAUGUACAC